AUGAGAAACCACACAAUGAUUACAGAGUUUGUACUCUUGGGCAUAUCAGACAACCCAGAGCUUCAGGUUGUAAUUUUCACUGUUUUAUUUAUGGCUUAUGUAUUAAGUGUCACUGGAAACCUAACCAUCAUCAUCCUCACCUUGAUAGACUGUCGUCUGAAGACUCCUAUGUAUUACUUCCUCCGGAAUUUCUCCUUCUUAGAAAUUACAUUCACCAGUGUUUCUAUCCCCAGAUUUUUAAGGGCAAUCACAACUAGAAUCAAGACCAUUUCCUAUAACAAUUGUUUGGCUCAAUUAUUUUUCUUCAUCUGCAUGGGUGUGUCUGAAUUUUUUCUUCUAACUGCCAUGUCUUAUGAUCGUUAUAUUGCUAUCUGUAAGCCUCUCCGUUACACCACCAUCAUGAACAAGAAAAUCUGCACUCUGCUUGUCUUGUGUUCAUGGCUGGGAGGUUUUCUUACUAUUUUCCCACUGCUCAUGCUUAUCCUCCAGUUAGAUUUCUGUGCUUCCAAUGUAAUUGAUCACUUCUCUUGCGAUUAUUUCCCCAUUUUAGAACUCUCGUGCUCAGACACAUGGCUUUUAGAGACAAUUGGCUUUUACUUUGCUUUUGUUACUCUGCUGUUCACGUUGGCAUUAGUGAUUCUAUCCUACCUGCGCAUCAUUAGCACCAUUCUGAGAAUUCCAUCUGCCAGUCAGAGGAAAAAGGCUUUCUCCACAUGCUCCUCUCACAUGAUUGUCAUUUCCAUCUCCUAUGGAAGCUGUAUAUUCAUGUAUGUCAAGCCUUCAGCCAAAGAAAGAGCAUCAUUGACCAAAGGAGUAGCGAUUCUCAACACUUCAAUUGCCCCAAUGUUGAACCCUUUUAUUUAUACCCUGAGGAACCAGCAAGUAAAACAAGCUUUCAAAAACUUGGUUCAUAAAGUAGUGUUUUCUAGAAACAAAUGA